GUUCUUUACAACCCUGGUUCUGCUCCCCACCAGGCCAGGCUAUCUGGUUCUCUCUCUCUUCUCUCCUCUUCUUUCCCUUCUGUGUUUCUCUGUCGAAGAUUUGUGCCCUAGUUUCUUGAUCAAAUCAUUAGUUCUCUGUGGAAGAGGUUUCUGACUUUGGAGGAGAGAACGAGAUAAGAGAUAUUGAGGGAAAUCUAGAAGACCAGACGAAAUGAUGCAAUCAAGUAACGGGGCUGAUCCGCAGCACCAGCAGCAGCAACAGCCACAGCAGCAUCACCAGCAGCAACAACAAUGGAUGGCGAUGCAGUAUCCGGCGGCGACAAUGGUGAUGCAGCACCAGAUGAUGCCGCCGGCUUAUCCGCAACACUACAUGCCUUACCAUCACCAACAGCAACCUACGCAACAGCAGCAGCAGCAACAGCAUGGAUCCGCCGAAGAGAACAAAACGAUCUGGGUUGGUGAUCUUCAUUAUUGGAUGGACGAGAAUUACCUCAAUAAUUGCUUCGGUCACACCGGCGAGGUAAUCUCCAUUAAGGUUAUCCGCAAUAAGCAGACUGGCCAGUCAGAGGGCUAUGGAUUUGUGGAAUUCUUUUCACGGGCUGCAGCUGAGAAAGUUCUGCAGAGCUACAAUGGCACUACAAUGCCAAACACGGAACAGCCCUUCCGUCUGAACUGGGCAUCAUUUAGCACGGGUGAGAGGCGUACAGAUGCUGGGUCUGAUUGUUCAAUAUUUGUUGGAGAUUUGGCAUCAGAUGUUACUGAUACCUUGUUGCAAGAAACUUUUUCCAGUAGGUAUCCAUCAGUUAAAGGUGCCAAAGUUGUAAUUGAUGCAAAUACUGGGCGUACAAAAGGUUAUGGUUUUGUAAGGUUUGGUGAUGAAAGUGAGAGGUCACGGGCUAUUUCUGAAAUGAAUGGCGUAUAUUGUUCUAGUAGGGCCAUGCGUGUAGGUGUGGCAACACCAAGGAAGUCGUCUGCAUAUCAACAGCAAUAUUCUUCACAAGCUUUGGUGUUGGUAGGUGGAUAUGCAUCAAAUGGUGCUUCUGCUCAGGGCUUGCAGUCUGAUGGCGAUUCUGGCAACACAACUAUAUUUGUUGGAGGGCUUGACUCCAGUGUCACUGAUGAGGAUUUAAGGCAGGCCUUUUCUCAGUAUGGAGAGAUUGCCUCUGUAAAAAUACCUCUUGGAAAAGGAUGUGGGUUUGUACAGUUUGCUAACAGAAGCCAUGCUGAGGAGGCAUUACAGAGGUUGAAUGGGACAGUCAUUGGCAAGCAGACUGUUCGUCUAUCUUGGGGUCGUAAUCCAGCAAACAAGCAGAUGAGAGCGGAUCCUAGUAGCCAGUGGAACAGUGCAUACUACGGUGGGCAGAUGUAUGAUGGAUAUGGGGGGUAUGCUGCUGUGCCACCUCAGGACCCAACCAUGUACGCUGCUGCUGCUACUGCUGCUGCAUAUGGGGCUUAUCCAGUGUAUGGAAACCAACCACAAGUUAGCUGAAUAACACAAUGAGCUUUAGUUGUAGUCAUGGACAUUGUCACACUAGGAUCUCGUGCUCCAUUAUGUCUGUAGUUUUAUGGGUUUUGUUGAAUCAUCAUGGGACUCUCGUGAUGGCCCAGAAUUGAAUUUUGACAAACCAAAUUGUUCUUAGGAUUUUAUUUAACAUUUGUUUGAAAUUUUGUGAGGUUGCGGCAACGAAAGUUUCUUACCAUGGGGGGCAUGCUUCAUUAUUA